AUGCCCUUUACUAGGAUCAACUAUAAUUGGUGUACAACGUUUGAUAGACCAUCAAAAAUUCAAAGAAAUUGUGAUCUAGGAUUAUGUCAACCCGUAAAAUCUUUAAAUAAAGGUGUUCAUGGUGUUUUACCAUUUGUAGCACCCGAAGUUUUGAAAGGUAAACCUUAUACUCAAGCUAGUGAUAUCUAUAGUUUUUCCAUGAUUUUGUGGGAAUUUGUAUCUGGGAUUACUCCAUUUAAUGACAGAGCACAUGAUCUUCAACUUUGCUUAAGCAUUGUUAAAGGUGAACGUCCCCCAAUUGUUGAAAAUACUCCACAACCUUAUAUAGAUUUGUUGAAAAGGUGUUGGGAUGGGGAUCCAUUAAAAAGGCCAACUGCAUUAGAAAUAUCAGAUAUUAUCUCUGCUUGUAGCACUUCUUCAAACUAA